AUGGCUGCUAACCCUGUGACCAAAAAUGGACUCUUUGUCCACAACAAUACCACUGCUCCUGAGCAUCCCAACCUCAUGAGCAUGUUCUCCCUCAAGGGAAAGACUGCCAUUGUUACCGGUGCUGGCGCUGGUAUCGGUUUAGCCGUUGCUCAGGGUCUAGCCGAGGCCGGUGCCAAUGUGGCCCUGUGGUAUAAUAGCAACCCUAAGUGCAUUGAAAGGGCUGCCGAGAUCGCCGAGCAGUACGGUGUUCAGACCAAGGCUUAUCAGGUUCAGGUUACCGACGCAAAGGCUGUGGAGAACGCCGUGAACGACGUUGUCAAGGAAUUCAAUGGCCGUCUCGACGUUUUUAUUGCUAACGCCGGUAUUCCAUGGACUCAGGGCCCCAUGGUCGACGGUCCCCUCACCCACUACCGCGAUGUAAUCUCCACUGAUCUCGACGGUACUUUUUACUGUGCCAGGGCCGCCGCUGAGCACUGGCGCCGCCAGAAGGAAGAAGGAACCGAUGCCAACGGUAACAAACUCACCAACUUCACAUACGGCAGCUUCGUUGCUACUGCCUCUAUGAGCGGUCAUAUCGUCAACUUCCCCCAGAUGCAGGCCGCCUACAACGCCGCUAAGGUUGCGGUCAUUCAUCUUUGCAAAUCUCUUGCUGUCGAAUGGGUCCGCUUUGCUCGCGCAAACUCCGUAUCCCCCGGUUACAUUGCGACUGAGAUCUCCAACUUUGUGGCCGAAGACACCAAGAAUAUCUGGCGCGAUAAGAUCCCGAUGGGCCGUGAGGGCCAAGCGCAGGAACUGAAGGGUGCCUACCUCUACCUUGCCUCCGAUGCUUCCAGCUACACCACCGGUGCCGAUAUUAUCGUUGAUGGGGGCUACUGCGCACCUUAA